AUGAAAAGGGGGGGCCCCCAAAUAACCUGCAGCAGCGAAGUUCAGCAGCAGCAGCAGCAGCAGCAGGAACAGCAGCAGCAACAGCAGCAACAGGACAGAGGAGACUUGGCGGGGCAACGAGACAAUGGCACCAAGCAAUCAGUGCAGCAGCAGCAGCAGCAGCAGCAGCAGCAGCAGCAGCAGCAGCAGCAGCAACAGCCGCAGCAGCAGCAGCAGCAGCCGCAGCAGCAGAGUACUGCGAGUACUGCGAGGCCACAGACAGACAACAGCAAUUUCCCAAAGACGAGUCUGUUGAAGCUGUUGAGAGAUAAACAUAGACAAAAACAAGAAACCGCUCAACAGAGCAAGCCGCGCGACCUGAAGAGCCAGGAGUCCCAGAGGAAGUUGGUGACAGCAGCAUACUUCAUUGCAAUGGGUACGCAGCAGCAGCAGCAGCAGCAGCAACCGCAGCAGCAGCAGCAGCAGCAGCAGCAGCAGCAGCAACAGCAGCAACAGCAGCAGCAGCAGCAGCAGCAACAGCAGCAGGAACAGAACUGGCAGCACUAG